UUCUGAUCGUAGUUUUAAAGAGAAAAGUAUCGGAUAUUAACAGAUAAAUAUUAAACACUGAAACUUCCUUUCAUUAACCAGUCAAUUGUAUUAUGCAAGCACGAUAUAUCUGCGAAGCUUAGAAAGCGCUGAAGAUUUUUUUAUCAUUUUAAAAAGAUGAUUCGAGCGUUGAUCCACGGUUUCUGCUUUCUGUUAACCAAAGUUAUGACCAUCCUGUAUCUACCCAAACUAUUAUACUACAAAUGUGUCUCUCCAAAGAGAUGUCCUCCGGUUUCCGAUCCCAUUUACUUUUUACCUGCCACCAAAUUGGCUGCAAGAAUCCGAACUGGAGAAGUAUCGAGUGCUAGAACCGUAGAGGCUUACAUAAACCGAAUCAAAGAAGUCAAUCCAGUAUUAAAUGCCGUUGUGGAGGAGCGUUUCGAUGCGGCUUUGGAAGAAGCCCGACUGGUAGAUGCAUACGUGGCGAGAGGUGAGAUGAGCGUCCAGAAAAUUGGAGAGAAAUAUCCUCUUCUAGGUGUACCAAUUACAAUCAAAGAAGUGGUUGCUGUUGCCGGAAUGAGUCAAAACGGUGGUUAUAAGGGAAACGGUCCAAUCCGAAGAGCAGAUAAAGACGCGGAUUGCGUGGCCCAAUUAAAAUCGGCUGGAGUCAUUAUAUUAUUAGUUUCGAAUACUCCUGAGCUUUGCUACAAUUGGGAGACGUUUAAUCACGUCACGGGAAGAACGCUUAAUCCUUAUGACACACGAAGAACUUGCGGUGGUUCUUCUGGAGGAGAGGCUGUUCUCUUAGCCUCUUGCGCUUCUGUUAUCGGAGUCGGAUCAGAUGUUGUUGGGUCUUUGAGAUUACCGCCUACCUUCUGCGGAAUUUAUGGACACAAGCCUAGUCCUCAACUGAUUUCGACUAUUGGUCAUCUCCCACCUUGCACCGAUGAAGAAUUGUAUAAAUUCGUCUUCUCAUUUGGCCCAAUGACACGAUACGCAGUAGAUUUACCUAUACUUACAAACAUCAUGGCUAAACCAAAUAUGAGACAAUCGGCUAACUUACUUCAAGAGGUCGAUCCUCAAACUAUUAACGUGUACUAUAUGGAAUCGAGUGGAGAAUUCGUAACAGAUAAAGUUAAUGAAGAUAUUGUCAACGCUAUAAGAAAAGUUAUUAGGAGACUUAAAAUCUCAGGAAUUUUUACUAAAAAAAUACAAUUGGAGGAGAUGUCCGAUUCGUUGGAUUUAACUUUCUUGUUUCUACUAAAUAUCAAGACUUUAGAGCAUGCUUUCUCUUAUGGAAAAUCGUUCUGCUUGGAAGUCAUUAAAACGUUGUUCUGCAUGGGUUCGGUGAUACCAAAUGCGUUCUUCUACGCUUGUGUUAAAGUCAUGUUCAAAUGGUUCUCAAGUGAUGAAAGAAAUCAGCGAAACAUGAAACUCGUCGCGGAUUUCAGAGAGAAAUUUAUUAACAUUUUAGGCGAUGACGGGGUUUUCAUAUAUCCCGCAUUUCCAGCUACGGCUCAUUUCCACGAUCAGAUCUACUCCAAGUUUCUGAACACCGCAUACUUGGGAAUUUUCAAUGUGCUAGGUUUUCCAGUCACAAUUUGUCCUUUGGGAGUGGACACCAAAGGAUUACCGAUUGGAAUUCAGGUUGUGGCUAAACCUUUCAACGAUAAACUGUGCUUUGCCAUGGCUAAAGAAUUGGAGAAGAAUUUUGGCGGAUGGACACCCCCGCCUUACACAAAACAAAUUCAUAACAUUUAA